AUGCCUGAAAUGGUGAGGUUGGCCUAUAUGUUCGAGGUCGAGAUCGAAGGCUCAUGGUACUUUGAACGGGCCUGUCAACAGAAUCACUGCUGCAUGAAUCAUGGAAAACAAGACCUUGCCGCCGUUCUCUAG